AUGUUAAGUAAUUUGAAAGUUUUUUAUUUAGAAGAAUCAGAUGCUAAUCUACUUGAUAAUACAAAGAAAAAUAAAGGAUUUUCUGCAGCUAAAGAUUUUAUCCAACGUGAAAUGAAUGAUUUGAAAGGAGCAUCUGACGAUCCUAAUUUACGAAAGCCAUUAAAGAAAAUGAUUCUAACAACACAACUUAGAAAUUAA